AUGGACAACACAAUCCGUAGUAAUUUCACAGAUCUAAUGUCGCUGAGGCGCUAUUGGGAUCCCACCAACACGUCUAGUCCUCCUGGAGGGCUCACAUCACCAAACGUCGUGAUUAAUACAUCUUGGGCCGAAUCACUCAACCUCAAGACAAUAUAUCAUUACAACGUUGACAAGGGAACAAGAGACGUCACAAAGAUUGAGAAUCUAAUGGACAUCUUUAUCAAAACUGACGACGAGCAUGAUGAGGAUGACGACGACUAUAUUCCCCAUCACUUUGUUCCACCUUUCAACACGGCAACUGGCAGAAAGCGGGGAAACUUUACGACUGAUGCUUCAGAGGUUGAAUCCUAUAUAAAUGAAAUCUCCAAGACUGUAGCGGCUAUACUCUCACUCGCUAUAGUGGAUGGCAUGUCUCGCAACGCUAUUAGUCUAAAGAUGCGCUUGAUUACCAAGAACCUCCAGAACGGCUCAUCACAGGGGAUAGAAGAAUUCUGGGAGCCGCAUCCUGAAGAGGAUGGCAAACCGGGUUCGGAAGUAUUUGAGGCAACUGAUGUCGAUGAGCCGGUGUCUAUCGACUGGGAGGUCUACAGGUAUGGAUGGGGGUAUGGCGGUCAGAGUACAGCCGUAUACUUUGCCAUUACAGCUCUUUUCAUCCACGUGGCAUUGAUACUUGUGUUUGGAAUCUAUAUAGCCUUGUUCUGGGUAAGUGGGGAGCGGCCUGGCAAGUCUCGAGACACGAUAUCCGAGUUUGUAGCCUUGGCAUUGGCUUCACCGUUAAUAUGGAAUAAUGCUUUAGAAGUGAGGAGACUUGCCAAUGGUGAGGAGGAGGAGGGUAGGGGUAGUGAACUCGGUAGUGAACUCUUGACGGUGCGAUUAAGCUUGGUAUGA